GCGGGACCAGACUUUCCCCUGUUCUGUUCUUGAGGUGCGAUAGAGACUCCAUACAAAGAUACUGAGCAAUAUGGAGGGGACUUUCCGAGAGCAUCUGUUCUUCAUUGUGUUAUGUCUGUCUGUUCUCAAGGGAGACACCAGGUACAUCGAGGUAAGCCUCUGGAGGCACUUUGCAUGUUUUAUUAACCUUUUUCGUUCCCAUGUGUUUCCUGUACUAGACUUUGUAAUACAAGCUCAAUUAAUGCAAUAAUGCUUUCUGUAUGAGAAAAGUUGUUGCAACUUUUUGUACUCAGUCAAAUAAUGUUCUCAUUGUAAUAACUCCCAUUGCGCACUUGAUUUAUGCAUUAUGUAGGCUACUAACCUUUACUAAAACCCUUGAGUUAUCUUGCUUGACGGUAUAUUGCUGUCACUUGUUCACAUUCAAUCUUGACUUUCUUUUUCUAAAUAUUAUCUAAAUGUUGUUGUUUUUUUGUGCAGGAAAAUGACAUUACACCAGAGGGAUUAUAUGCACUUCUUAAUUCAGAGCUCAAAAGAGAAAUACCAGAAACAUUAAUUUACAGCCGACCCCUCCGUAAGUAACUGACUGAAGUCAUUUAUUAAAAACCGUUAAUAGGCAUAUUUGCCAUUUACAUGGUCGAUCUGUGAAGCAAUACUUUUUUUGCCGACAUGAUCAAAUCUUCUAAAAUGCUUUUAUUUAGCAUGAAAGGUAAAAAAAAAAAAACUGAAUUUGUCAGUCACAAUUGUGUAUGCAUUUUUGUGAAUAAUAAAUAAUCAAAAAUAAUAAAUGUGUGAUUUAGGCCUCUUGUAAAUUAUAUAAUUAUAAUCUGUAUAUGACUUUCUUGACUAAAUGUACAGAUUGAUGAAUACUACUUGAUGAAUUUGAAAUGUAUAUUAGAUUGCGUUUUUGUCAGAGAAACUUGCACUUCAUCAUGUAAAAUAUAAACAGCCAAUGUGCACACAAUGUAAUGUUAACCCUGUCUCUGUCUCCAUUUCUCUCUCCCUCUCCAUGUCUCUCUUUCUGUCUCUAUAUCUCCCACUCUCUCCCCCCCCCACCCCCUCUGUUACCCCCACCCCCAUCUCCCUCCUUCUUCCCCUCUUCCCUAUCUCUCCCCUCUAUCUCUCCUCCUUCUCUCUAUCCUCUACCACCUUCCUUUAUUCUUCCCUUCCUCCUCCUCUCCCUCUCUCAGGGUGUCUGGACAUGGUGGCAGUAGAGGGCCAGUUCACCUUCACAGCAGACCGGCCUCAGCUCAGCUGUGCUGCUUUCUUCAUCGCUGAGCCCAACCAGGUCAUCAGUGUGGAGUAUGACAGCGUUGACAUCGACUGCAGGGGAGGAGACUUCAUCAAGGUAACCACACAUGCACAUGUGGCGUGCAUGCACACACGCACAACACACACAUACACACACAUACACACACACACACACACCACCACCACUGCUUUCACACCCACAUACAUCCCAAAUACUCCCCUCCCAGCUCCCCCUUAACUGACGUCAGCAAAACCAGGUCCGGGGAUAGAUUAACAUUUCCAGACAAUUGAUGUGAUGAAAUUCCCGGCAGAUUAUCUUGUUGUUAUUUGUGCCCAGGCAUAAUCCCUCACCUUACCCCCUGGCCUGGGAACACUCGUUCUCAGUAUUAGAUCAUUACGGACUCCUAAAUACCACAAAAUGAUAUAGUCACUUAGCAGAUGCUGUCACCAGGGGUAACAUAGGGUCUUUUCCUGUGUCGUUUUUUUAAAAACUUUACUCUGUGAAUGUGUGCUAAGGCUGCAAUUAAGUCCCACCCUUGAUUUACAGCCAGGUCACACCAGAUGGACUUCAGUAUUCCACAUUUAUCCAGUCCCCAGGACGUCGGGAGAUGCCUUCAAUACUGUCCACUAGGGGCAACGUGAGCACCUAUUACCAUCUAGUAGGCUCCAAGGAUCGCGGGUUCAAUCCCAGUGUUAGGCACUCAUUUGUAUUUUUCCUGUUUUAACACGAUCCCAAACCUUAACCCUUACCUUAACCAGUCGGAAUGAAUGGUUAAACUUAAUUGUACAUUUUGUUCUGUUUUAACCCUAUCCCAAACCUUAACCCUUAUCGUAGCACUUUACACUCAUACGCAUAUGCGGGUUGAAAAUGGCAGAUUUUGGCAAUGAUAAGCACCUAAUUGGAAAGCAGUGGCUGUACAGUAACAUGCUAUAAAUGAUGUCAGAGGUCAGUCCCCAUCCCUCCCGUUAAUUGGGCUUUUGCAUAUUUGUUGUUGUCUGAGUGAGGGAAAUGCUUUAAAUUAAGAGGACUCAGUAUAUUUUGAAAGAUGAGACGUUGAGGAUUACAAUAAAUACUGAUUUGAUGUCAUAUGAGCCAAACACCUGUGAGUCCAAAUGUGCACUUCACAUUUCCAUAUUAUACAACUCAUGUCAUAUACAGUGUCAACGUUUUUGAUCACUAUGUUUGAUGUACGGUUACAAGAUGACAUGGGGUCAUACCCUGGGUUGUUCUGAACAGAAUGAGCCUAUGUUUGUCUAUUGUGAAGAAAAUUUGCCGUGGACCACGCACCUGAAUGCACGCAUGGCUCCUUUCUAGGCGCACCAAAAUGACAAUCUGUUUCUCUGAAUUGCCUUGUGAAAGCCUUACACUGUAAGAUCGUAUGUUGGCAACAGAACAAGCUUUCAAAUGAUGCCCACUUGACCCAGAUUGCGAUUUAUAAUGGGCCGUUUUUGGAUUGUGUCAACAACAACAGUAAUUGUGUUGGGAUGCAGGGUUGUGUUCCAAACAAAACAACUAGUUCCUCAACGGCACAGCUAGGGGUGCUCAAAAAAGCACCUUAUAGUUGAAGACUCUUCUUUGAGUCAUAAAAGUGCAUUGAAAUGACUUUGGAACUGUACACACUUUGGAGAGGUGUUCGGCCACUUGGAGUUAGUCCUCUCUUUCAAACCCUUGUCAUUUUUUUGUCUUAUGCUGCACCUAACUCACAUUUUCCAGGAAUAUUCUUAUCAUGUUACUGAAUGGAUCCAGAAUAUUUUCAGAUUUCGUUAUCAACAAAUGCGGCGAAAAGUACAGUAAAUGUAAAAUGCACAUAAAAUCAACAGUGUAAUGUUUGGAUUCAGUCUUGUGUCAGGUGAACUGUUGUUUCCUCAACUUUGGUCAGAUAAUUUCCCCAUAAUCUCCAAACUGUUCCCUUUCAAUUGAUACCAUGCUUAUGCAUUUGCUUUUCAUAUUUCUUCUGUAAGAAACAUUUCAAUUUAGCCCUAUCCAUAUCUGCCAAUUCCCACGAGUGUAAAGGGUUAACCAGUCGGAAUUAAUGGCUAAACAUAACUGUAGAAAUUUGAUGUUUGAAUGGUUUUGAUUAAGUCCACAUCUCUCUCCCCUCUCCUCUCCCAGGUGUUUGAUGGCUGGGUGAUGAAGGGAGAGAAGUUCCCUAGUUCCCAGGACCACGCCCUGCCGCUGAUGGAACGCUAUGUGGACUACUGCGACUCUGGGACGGUCAGGAGAACCGUGUGGUCGUCUCAGAACGUUGCCAUGCUGUUCUUCCGCAUUCACACUGCCGGGAGCUCCUUCACGCUGACCGUCAGGAAACCCAUCAACCCUUUCCGUGAGUAGAGACCUGCACUAGCUUGAUGGCCAGUCUUACUGUUAAUGACCUUUAGGGUUUUACUUUGAGUGCAUGAGCUGAAGCCCCGUUUAUACCUGGUUCUAACAUGCGUCAGUUGUCCUGAUCUUGUCCACAUUCUGAUUGUGCCCACAUUUGUCGACAGGUGUAGACAAUCAAAAGACGCAUUGUGAACUGAUUGUGAUUUGAUCUUCCUGACCACCUCCAGAGGUAGUCGAAGAUGCAUCUUGUACGGAUAUCCUUGAAGUGUAAACAAAUCCUGACAACCUAAGCUUAAAGCCAAUUUAUGCUUGCUCUGAAAGGCGCCGUACAGAAGGUUUGAAGCAAUUGCAGAGUCUCCGGAGGCUUACGGAAGCCAAAUCGAGCUCCGUACCGUAUCGCCAAGCGCCUCCCAAAUUUUGUAACAAUGCGGAGGGCUCUGUAUAGCUCCGCAUUGACAUGAUUGGUUGACGGUAGGUGGGGGCGAGAGGUCCUGUAUAAACACAAACUCACUUCCUUGACAAGAGCUCUGAUCUGCUCCACAAAGUGCAAGUAGGCUUAUGAAUGCUCUGACUUCUGCUGUACGGCCACUGCAGAUGUCGGAUUGACCAUGUAGAGCCUCAUACAUUUGUCCAACGUCACUGUUGUCCCGCUCUCUAAAAAGAAAUCACACUGGCCAGUUGAAGUAGUAAUUAUGGACAAUGAUACCUCUACAAUUCCUCCAGAAUUAAGAUCAUGGUCUUCAUUAGAAACCAAAUGCCUAUACUGGCACUGUGGUCGGAUGCCAUAGUCCAAUAGAAAUUAGAAAACGCAUAUAGAAGUAAGGAUAUUUAUGACGAGAUAUCGUCCCGAAUGAGAGAAAAAGGGUUCUCCCGUUCCCACGUCCAAUGCCAGCAAAAAAUAUUAAUAAAAUAACGGAAAACAUCAUACAGAAAGGCCAAGGACUGUAAUAGCAGGAGUGCCAUUAGAUGUGCCAACAUGGGGCAGGAUGCCAAUGUAAUGCUAUAGUACUUAUAGUACUACAUGUUGUAACGCCAGGGUUGUGUGUUAAUGCUUUAGUGACCCUUUAGGUUGUACACGUCUAAGCUGCGUACGUCUAAGCCGUACUUGUGUGUGUGUUUGCAUUUGUACUAAGCAAUUUUGCCCCCUUAAAUGGAUGGAUUUUUGCUAAAUGAAGGUCAACAUGUCUAAAGACACGGAUAUAUCGUGGACGUCGUUUAAUCAGCCCCCCGUACCUCUCUGAUUCAGAGGGGUUGGGUUAAACAUUUCUGUUGAAUGCAUUCAGUUGUGCAACUGACUAGGUAUCCCCUUUCCCUUCCCAUGUUCCCCUCCACCUCUCCCCCAACAGCCUGUAAUAUCAUCUCCCAGACACCAGAGGGCAGCUUCACCAUGGUGAUACCCCAGCAGCACAGGAACUGUAGCUUCUCCAUCAUCUACCCCGUGGAGAUCAAGAUUGCUGAGCUCAGCCUGGGACACCUCAACGACUUCCCCAUCAAGGUGAGCCCUGAGCAGGGACACAUCUGAGCCUAGAGGUCCGAAGCACUGCUGGUUUCCUUUUCUCCCCGGGAAAUAUUUUGGUUGAUUAAUGUCACUCACUGAUUAGCCAGAGAUUCCACUCACCAUGUGUCACAGGUCUGAAUCAAAAAUACAGAUUAGAGGGGAAGAAUAGAAAAAACAUCAGCGCUUCUGACUUCUGGCUGUUGUAGCAGAGGGGGUUUAGUGAACUACCCUGCCAAAGACCUAGAGACCUGUGUUAGGUCCCAAUGAUGAUGAGGGGAUGCUUUGUCAGCGGAGAUGAGUGUGCUGGGAUAUGUGUGAGGGGGUAGAAGGAAGGAAGGAAGGAAGGAAGGAAGGAAGGAAGGAAGGAAGGAAGGAAGGAAGGAAGGAAGGAAGGAAGGAAGGAAGGAAGGAAGGAAGGAAGGAAGGAAGGAAAGUAAAAAUGCUUGUUAAUCCAUUGAGUUGGUCUUCUCUCCAGAGGUCCAUCCCAGGCUGUGCGGGAGCAGGGGACUUUGUGGAGCUGCUGGGAGGGAACGGGAUGGACCCGUCUAAGAUGUUCCCUGUAGCUGACCUUUGCUACAACUUUAACGGUCCAGGUGAGCGGCACCCACACCAUCACCAUCACCAUCAUAACUAGAGUAGAUCUUUAUUAAUCCCACCCAUCACCAUCCUAACUAGAGUAGAUAUUUUAUUAACCCCACCCAUCACCAUCCUAACUAGAGUAGAUAUUUUAUUAAACCCACCCAUCACCAUUCUAACUAGAGUAGAUCUUUAUUACCCAUUUUUGAAUGGAAAGUCCUUACAGUGUGUAAUUAGUGUAUGACCGUUUUUGACUUUCUCUCUUUUCUUUCUCCUUUCCUCGUCCUAUAGCCCAGAUGAAGAUAGGUUGUGACAACACGGUGGUGAGGAUGGUGUCCAGCGGGAAGUUUGUCAACCGGGUGGCGUUCCAGUACCGUCUGCUGGACCGGCAGGAGCUGCAGAGGAUCAAGGUGAACAGUGUGGAGGAUUUCUGCUUCACUGGCUGAGCUCUCUGUCUCUCUAUCUAUCUCUCCAACCCCCCAUGUUGUCUAUCUACUACCUAACUAAUGGGGACCACCCAUCACCGGCUGCCAAAUCUACCAUGAGACUGAUUACAGAAAAAAAGCCUGAGGGUUGCCAAAACAUUCUGUUCUGUACUACAUUUUGAAUUUAAAGAGAUUUAUUCAUUUUUUACUCAUUUGUUUUUUUGCUCACUAUAUGUUCAAUGAAUUGCGGCUGGCGCUCAAGCUUAAUAAAGUGUUAUUUUGUGUUUGUGGGCAUUUCUUGGUUUGAUUCCGUAUUUAGAUUGUCUAACUUGUGUGAUUAUAUGCAGUACAUGACCGUGCAAACGGACCAGUGAGGGUGUUAGCAGGGCAUUUUUGGUUCACAUCCUUAUUUAUUUUGUGAGACAAUGUGUGUGGUUACGGGACUGUGGAAGGAGGCGAGUGUUCAAUAGAGUAUGUAAAAUAUAUGUUCAUUGCUGUUAUCUAUAUUUAUUUGUAUCAAACAAUUUUUUUGUAAUAAAACUGAAUCGCAU